AUGAGAAUAUAUCAAUGUCAUUUCUGUUCAUCUCCAGUGUAUCCAUUACACGGGAUAAUGUUUGUUCGUAACGAUGCUAAGGAAUUUCGAUUUUGUAGAUCAAAAUGUCACAAAGCAUUCAAACAACGUCGUAACCCAAGAAAGUUGAAAUGGACCAAGGCAUUCCGUAAGGCCGCUGGUAAGGAAUUAGUUGUUGACUCUACCUUGACAUUUGCUGCUAGAAGAAACGUUCCUGUUAGAUAUAACCGAGAUUUAGUUGCUACUACUCUUAAGGGUAUGGCUAGAGUCGAAGAAAUUAGACAGAGAAGAGAAAGAGCCUUCUACAAGAACAGAAUGAGAGGUAACAAGGAAAAACAAAUGGCUGCUGACAGAAAGUUGGUUGAAGAAAACCCAGAAUUGUUGAAGAUGAGAGAAGUUGAAUUAAGAAGAAAGGCCGAAAGACAAGCUGCCAGAGAAAAUGCCAUGGUCGAAGAACAAGAAGAGGAAGAAAUUGCAUCUGAGGAUAUGAUGAGUGAAGACGAAGAAAUGGAAAGCGAAUCUGAAUCCGAAGCUGAACAAGUCAAGCAAAAGAUCUUAUUGAAGAACAAGAGAAGGGUAAGAGCUUAA